CGGAGGCGCGGUUUCGGGGGGCCAGGCCUUGGGCGCCCUCCGGCCCUCGAGCGGCCGCGCGCAGGAGCCCUUUUCCGGGCCGGCCAGCGGCGCCGACGUCAGCGAAGAGGCCGGGACAGUCCCCACGCGCUCGGAGGAAGAUGAAGAAGACUUGCUUGAUGUCACACAAUCAGGAGUCAUCUGAGUUGGGGCUUUGAACCCAGUCAGUGAGAUGCCAAAACCUGUGAUGCUCAUAACCCAGAUGAGAAAACAGUGAUUUGGACAGUUUGCCCAAUGUCAUGGCUUCGGUGUAACACAGGGGCCUCCCCGAUUCUGACGGAAAAGGAGGCCAAACAGCUCCUGAGGUCCCGGCGCCAGGACAGGCCGGGCAAACCCGGGUUCCCCGACGAACCCAUGCGGGAGUACAUGCACCACCUGCUCCGCCUGGAGCACCGCGCGGAGGAGCAGUUCCUGGAGCACUGGCUGAACCCUCACUGCAAGCCCCAUUGCGACAGGAACCUGGUCCAUCCCGUGUGAGGGGCUCGGGAUCCGCUUGGGGAGCCCUUUGACAACAUGGACCUGGAUAAUGGCGAAACAGGAGGAGGCUCCUUCAUGCAUUUAAUUUUUUCAGCUGCGGAAACGGAUGUUAUGAACUGUGGCCAUGGCGAAGAUUGCUGUGGGGAUCGAUGGCAAACGCACGUGUUGCUUCACUUUACUAACCUGCAUCACUCACUGAGACCAACUGCUUAAAGUAGUGACCCCCCACCCCCACCCCAAGGGCUUCCUCCCAGUUCGGGAGGGUGGGCAGCACGAGAGUCUCACUGCGGCAGAUGGAGCUGGGCCCCCAGAGCCUGGGGACAGGCUGCCUGCUCCCAGGACUUCGGGAGGUCUGGUUGGGCAGAGUGAGGCCCCUGGGGCUGCGGAGGUGUGUGGUCAUCUAGUUUUCUCCUUCUCUUCUGCUCUAAUAAACAUCAGUGUUCAACCU